AUGCAAUUCAAGUUCGCCUUUGUCUUCACUCUCCUUACCUCCGCCCUCGCUGCGCCCUGCGAUGUUGACACUCGGGGCUUAAGCAAGCGAGCACUUUCUGCCCAAAGCUACUCCCAGUUCUCAGUCUCCAGCGGCGUUGGCGGUAACGCCCUGGCCGAAGUCGACGAAAACAACCUGGCCUCCGUCUCCGCCGCCGACCUGGCCAUUAUCAAAGCCGCGCGCCAGACAGCCGAAGACGCUGAGACCAAGGCUGGCGGCUUCAAUGAGGCUAUCAAGGCCGCCGGCGGCACCAAGACCACGGCCGGCGCGGCGCUCCAGGUUGGCAAGAUCAAGAACAAGGUCCUCAAGCUUAAGCUCUUCACUCUCGCCAUGCAGAUCGAGCAGGCCAAGGGAGGCAAGGACAACUCGGCCAAGAUCGCUGAGGAGACCAAAAAGCUUAACAAGAACAUUGAGCUUGACAAGGCGGCUGCCGGCCAGAAGAGUACUAGCGUCAACUUUCAGGGGACUAGCCAGCCUUAA